UGCAAAUCUAGCCCCCUUCCUGGCCGUUUCCCAGAGCCACGCACUCUCUGGGAAGCCACUUCGCGGCCCUAAUCCAGGGAACAUUCUUGCUAUUGGUAAAUUACCUAGUAGUAUAAUACCCAUAUAUACCGUACAUACAAGGGCAGCAUCUGUGUUGGACCCCAAAGUGCCCCAGGUAAUAUGCAUGGAAGGAAAGUAAAUCACCAAGGGCCCCCAUUAGCAAUGCAUGACUGUGCAACUUCCACUUUCCUUACUGAUCUUUGUUGGCUCGCUCGUAAAAGAUCUGGUUAGGAAAGACUAUACGACCUUGGAAAAUUGUCCGUUGUUACACUUGUUUCGAGGCUUUUUACUUCAACUAUUUUUUUUUGUUUUCUUUUUCUCUCCUUUCCAAACCUGCUGUAAGGUGAGGAAUUGAGGAUGUCAUUGAGCUGCAGCAUUGUUUCUUUUUCAGCACCCCCCGAGCACAGUUAAAAGAAAAUGAAGGAGGGUAAUAAAAGGAAGGGAAAAAACUGUAAGGCUCAUUCAUCAAUACAGUUGAAAAACCGCCCCCUUCUUUGGAGAAUGCAGCUUCAACCUUAGUGACAUGCUGCUAAUGCAAUAUCUGGAACCACAUGGCCGAUGAUGGUGGACAAACCUGGGGGCUGUUGGUUCAGCACAGCCUGAUUUUGCUCAUUUUCCUUGGUUAAUUCACCCCCUCUCGGUCUUUUCGGUCAUCGGAGGGUCCGCUUCAAUAGCCUCACAACCUGGGAUUCCAUCAGCCCGCCAACCAUUUGGCGACGCAGCCCUGCACAUCCGCG